AUGGGCUCUCAUUACGCCACCCGUGAAUUGCUGGAAUACCUGCGCAUCGGGUAUCCCAUUUUGCUCCUUCUAGUGUUUGUCUCGUCUUUCAUCGCCAAUUCUAUCGUAACUGCCAGAAAUGUCAGUAAGAAUUCGUCGGCCGCGCGCAUGGGUCCCGGGGGGAGACCACUUCCCAAACGAUCAAGGAGCUCGGCAACCUUCGUCAAACCGGCCCAGCCCUUUUCGCGAAAUGCCAAACUUCUGGUCAAAUGGCUCUCGGUGGUGAUUCUGGUGACGCUGGUGGCAGACGCUGCCAUCAACGUAACCCACGUCAUGCUUGCCAGGUCCGAGCAAUGGUGGUGUGGUCAAUCUGUAGUGAUCUAUGUUGUAGGGUCCUUCUUUGUCUACGCGGUCAUCUUAAUCUCCUUACUGGAUACAAACCCCUCCCCUACAUUCGCGCAGUUCAUCCCGUGGUCAAUUGCGGUUCCUAUCGAGAUGGCUAUCUUGGGCGUCUCCCUUUCGAUCCAUGCGGAUGUUCAUCACGAGCCAAUCGUAGGAAACCCCGUGGGCGGCCGAUUGCGCAAGGGCAUGACAGCCUGGGAGUCAAUGGAGAUUGUGUCGAACUGCGUCAGAAUACUGGUUCUCGCGAUAUUGGUUGGUACCUACAUGAUCAAAACAAUGAGCGUCAAGUCCCAUGUGCAGAAACCUCGAGGCCACGCCAACGGUGCCACGGAAUCCACGGGAUUGCUGGACCCUUCCCACGCGGAGAAUGGAGAUGGUUAUGGCUCCGUUCCGAACAAUCAUCAGCAGCAGCCCUCCAAACCGGCCGCCGAUCCAUGGGUUCGGCCGACAACUGUCCCUUCCACCAGCUGGUGGGAGUAUCUGAGCGGUUAUUCCCUAUUUUUUCCGUACCUCUGGCCAUCCAAGUCCCGUCGUCUACAAGGGGUCGUGGUGGUCUGCUUCUUAUUGAUUAUCCUGCAGCGCGUUGUCAACGUUCUGGUUCCCUACCAAGUGGAGGUCAUAACCAACGCAUUGGCCAAAGAUGGCGAAGAAUUCCGAGUCCCAUGGUUUGAGAUUUGUAUGUAUAUUCUCUACCGUUGGUUGCAGGGCAACCAGGGACUCAUCGGGUCGUUGCGCUCCAGUCUUUGGAUUCCCGUGAGCCAGUAUUCUUACAUGGAACUCUCGACUGCGGCUUUCGAGCAUGUGCAUGGUCUAAGUCUCGAUUUCCACCUGGGCAAGAAGACCGGUGAAGUCCUCUCCGCACUGAGUAAAGGUAGUUCUAUCAAUACGUUCCUGGAACAAGUGACGUUCCAAGUCGUACCCAUGUUAAUCGACCUCUGCGUUGCCAUCGUAUACAUGCUUAUUGCAUUUGAUGCUUACUACGCAUUGGUUGUUACUAUUGUUACUUUCUGCUACCUCUACGUUACUGUCCGCAUGGCGCAGUGGAGGGCGGAAAUUCGCCGGCAGAUGGUUAACGCGUCUAGGCAAGAGGAUGCCGUGAAGAACGACUCGAUGGUGUCCUACGAGACCGUCAAGUAUUUCAAUGCGGAAGAUUACGAAUUCAGUCGGUAUCGCGGUGCUGUGUCCGACUAUCAAAUGGCGGAAUACCAUGUCCUGUUCUCACUCAACCUCAUGAAUACAACCCAAAACACUGUCUUCAUGCUUGGUCUGCUCAUCGCAUGCUUCAUUGCUGCAUACCAAGUCUCGCUUGGACAGCAAGAUGUUGGCAAGUUCGUUUCCCUUCUUACGUAUAUGGCGCAGCUGCAGGGGCCUCUGAACUUUUUCGGCACUUUCUAUCGCUCAAUUCAGUCCGCCUUGAUCAAUUCGGAGCGAUUGUUGGAAUUGUUUAGAGAGCAGCCCACGGUUGUCGAUACACCCGGUGCUGCGCCUUUGCCCAAAUGCAAAGGCGACAUCACAUUUGAGAAUGUUCAAUUCUCCUAUGACACCCGCAAACCAGCCCUUAACGGGCUGACCUUCCACUGUGAGCCCGGAACGACGACUGCUCUGGUUGGUGAAUCUGGUGGUGGAAAGUCGACGGUGUUCCGACUGCUUUUCCGGUUUUAUAAUGCUGAAAACGGCCGCAUCCGGAUUGAUGACCACGACGUCCUAGAUACGACGAUAGAUUCGAUACGGAAGCACAUCGGUGUUGUACCGCAGGACACCGUGCUUUUCAACGAGACGCUGAUGUACAACCUGAAAUAUGCCAACCAAGACGUCUCGAAUGAAGAUGUUUACGAUGCUUGCCGGGCUGCCAGCAUUCACGACAAGAUCAUGUCAUUCCCCGAUGGAUACAACACCAAGGUGGGUGAACGUGGUCUACGGCUCAGCGGAGGUGAGAAGCAACGGGUGGCCAUUGCUCGUACCAUUCUCAAGAACCCUCGCAUUAUCCUUUUGGAUGAAGCAACUGCCGCCCUGGAUACGGAGACGGAGGAGCACAUUCAAGGAGCACUCUCCACGCUCUCUCGCGGUCGUACCAUGCUUGUCAUUGCUCAUCGACUGAGUACAAUCACCACGGCCGAUCAGAUCCUGGUAUUGCAUGAGGGCAAGGUGGCUGAAAAGGGCACCCACGACCAAUUGCUAGCUCUGAAAGGGCGGUACGCCAGCAUGUGGCGGAAGCAGAUUCGGGCGCAAAGGGCAGCGGCAGAAGCGCAGGUGCUUCAGGACCGCGCCCAGCGCUUGCGGAGUGCGUCCGCCACUGGCACAAUGGGAGAUGACAGCUCGAGUCAGUCCGACGAGGACCGAAAUGGCAAUGCCCAUGCUCGGCAGGCUCAUGGAUACUCAUCCAGUAAGCUGGCUGAUGACAGCCGGAAGGGUUAA